AUGUCUGCUGAAAAGUCCGAAAAAUCCCAAGCCUUCAUGAUGAAGAUGGUCCAGACGCUCAAUGACGGUGCGCUCUGCUUAAUGAUAUCCAUCGGCUACCGAACUGGUCUCUUCGAAGCCCUUGCGGAAUUUUCCCCGGAAUUUGUCACGUCGCAAGCCAUCGCUGCAAAGGCCAAACUCAACGAGCGCUAUGUCAGGGAAUGGUUAGGAGCCGUCGUAAUCGGAGGAAUUGUCGAAUAUGAUAGCCAAGCAAAGACUUAUAGUCUUCCCAAAGAACAUGCGCCAUUCCUUACCAGAGCGUUCGGAGCUGAAAACGUAUCGAUUUAUGCGCAAUAUAUUCCGAUAUUGGGAUCAGUUGAAGAUAGUAUUAUAGAAUGCUUCAAAAAUGGUGGCGGAUUAAAAGAAUCAGCGUUUACCCGGUUCCACGACUUGAUGAUUGACGAAACUCACCUGGCUGUUGGAUCCGUGCUGCACAGCGUCAUUCUCCCUGGUCUGCCGAUUUUCCAUGAAAAACUCAAGAACGGAUGCAAACUGGUCGACGUUGGUUGCGGACGCGGCAAUGUUAUUAUUGAACUUGCCAAAACUUUUCCUAAUUGUACUUUCGUUGGAUACGAUAUCAACAAUAGUCUUAUAGAUGCUGCCAAGGCUGAUGUAGCCUCCUCCGGUCUCACUAAUAUUUCCUUCCAUGUGCAAGAUAUCGCUCAGCUGCAAGAAGUCGGAGAAUACGACGUCGUCCUCACCAUACAUACUGUACAUGAGCUAGCUGAUCCAGCGGGUGUAUUAAAGCGUAUUCAUGGCGCGUUGAAGCCUGGUGGAGUGUUCGUUAUGCAGGAUUACCAUACAUUGUAUGGUGGUCCAGGUUUAGGAAUGUCAUGGAGAACGGAGAAUGCUGUAAAAUUGUUAAAGGAGACUGGAUUUAGUAAGGUUGAAGACAUCAUUGAGCUUCCUCAUGAUCCCAGUCGUGUCUGGUAUAUCAGCUGGAAAUAA